AGGGCUCUUGUCGUCACGGGCCGCGUCGCUGUGGAGCUGUCGCCCGAGCCGUCAUGCCGUCCGAGGGCCGCUGCUGGGAGACCCUGCAGGCGCUCCGCAGCUCCAAUAAGGGUCGUCUCUCCUACAACCGCGACUGGCUGCUGCGGAGCGAGGAUGUUUUGGAAGAGUGUAUGUCUCUUCCCAAGCUGUCUUCUUAUUCUGGAUGGAUAGUAGAUCAUGUCCUGCCCCAUAAGCAAGCUGAAGAGAACUCCUCUUCCUCUGAGAACUCGCCAUCCUCUGACUCUGCUUCAGUUGUACACCAGCCUUCACUUGUUCCCACAUCUCCCAUCAGAAGCUCUGCCAGCUCACCAGCCUCUCCUGCAUCACCAAGUGGAGCUCAGGGCAAACAUGAGCCCCAGCACCCAGAACCCAUGGCCCUGCAGUCCUCCCGAGGGAUCAGAGUGGAAGGCUGCAUCCGAAUGUAUGAAUUUUUGCAUAGAAUGAAAGGAACGGAGGGCUUGAGGCAGUGGCAGGAGGAGCAAGAGAGGAAGGUACGAGCCUUCUCAGAGAUGGCGUCUGAACAGCUGAAACGGUUUGAUGAACGGAAAGAACUGAAGCAACAUAAAGAAUUCCAGGACUUGCGGGAAGUAAUGGAGAAGAGUACUAGAGAAGCUCUGGGCCACCAGGAGAAGUUAAAAGCUGAGCAUCGCCACAGAGCCAAGAUUCUCAACCUGAAGCUUCGGGAGGCAGAGCAACAGCGCAUGAAACAGGCAGAGCUGGAGCGGCUGCAGAAGGAGGAAGGCCAGGUCCGACUUCGGAGCCUUUAUACCCUGCAGGAGGAGGUGCUGCAGCUCAGCCAGCAGCUGGAUGCCUCUGACCAGCACAGGGACCUACGGGUGGUCGACCUGGCUGCCUUCCGCACCCGGGGCAACCAGCUAUGCAGCCUGAUCUCUGGGAUCAUUCGUUCUGCAUCAGAGAGUGGCUAUCCCACGGCAGAAAACCAAGCUGAGGCUGAGCGAGCCUUGCAGGAAAUGCGGGAGCUUGUCACAAACUUAGCCCAGGAAAUUACCAGAGCCUGUGAAGACAAGAAACGGCAGGAUGAAGAGGAGGCCCGACUCAAGCUGCAAGAAUCCCAGAUGCAGCAGGGGUCUGGGGCCCCCACCCCAUCCCCAGUCCCCAGCCAGGACCCAGGAGGAACACAGAAUGAAGACCUCCAAGUGAAAGUUCAAGAUAGUACCAUGCAGUGGUACCAACAGCUGCAGGAGGCCUCUGCUCAGUGUGUGUUGUCCUUUGAGGGCCUGACCAGCAGCAAGGACAGUCAGAUGAAAAAAAUAAAGAUGGACCUGCAGAAGGCUGCCACUAUCCCAGUCAGCCAAAUCUCCACUAUUGCAGGCUCGAAACUAAAGGAGGUCUUUGACAAGAUCAACGGUCUGCUCUCUGGAAAGCUGGUGCAGUCUGGUGGGCACUCUGUGUCAGUUACACUUAACCCACAAGGGCUGGACUUUGUUCAGUACAAACUGGCAGAGAAAUUUGUGAAACAAGGCGAGGAGGAGGUGGCCUCUCACCAUGAAGCAGCAUUCCCCAUUGCAGUGGUGGCGUCUGGGAUCUGGGAGCUUCACCCUAGAGUGGGAAACCUCAUCCUUGCUCAUCUCCACAAGAAGUGCCCUUACUCUGUUCCAUUCUACCCUGCUUUCAAGGAGGGAAUGGCUCUAGAGGACUAUCAACGAAUGCUUGGCUACCAAGUGAAAGACUCCAAGAUGGAACAGCAGGACAACUUCUUAAAGCGCAUGUCUGGGAUGAUCCGUCUGUAUGCUGCCAUCAUCCAGCUCCGCUGGCCAUAUGGAAACCAACAAGCAACUCACCCUCAUGGCUUAAAUCAUGGCUGGCGCUGGUUAGCACAAAUCUUAAACAUGGAGCCUCUAUCAGAUGUGACAGCCACCCUCCUUUUUGACUUCUUAGAGGUGUGUGGGAAUGCCCUCAUGAAGCAAUACCAGGUCCAGUUCUGGAAGAUGAUACUUCUCAUUAAAGAAGACUACUUCCCCAGAAUUGAGGCCAUCACAAGUUCAGGACAGAUGGGUUCCUUUAUACGUCUGAAGCAGUUCUUGGAGAAAUGUUUGCAGCGCAAGGAGAUUCCUGUCCCCAAGGGCUUUCUGACUUCUUCCUUCUGGCGCUCCUGAUGUCACUCUGUCACCUAUGGUCACCAUUAGGUUGCAGAGAGGCAACAAUAAAGCAACUGAAGACAGCUGUAUCUGGAAGAAGUCAUGUCAGAUUUAGAAUUUUAUUUAGUGUGUUUUUAUAGCUGCACUGUAUGACUAGAAGAGGUUUGCAUGGGCUACAAAA